AAAAAAAGGAGGAGCGGAAAAAGAAGCAGCACUACAAACAGACGGGGCACAAUUCCCCAUACGUGCCCUUGACUCUCUCUCUCGCUCUUUCACACCCUUUCUCUCUUCCUUGUUCCGUCGUGACCAACGCCUUCCCUUCCUCUCUAACCGCCGUCGAAAGUUUCGACGCCGUUCAAAUCUCUCUUCUUCAGGUCCAUGACUCCCUAAAUAUUGAAUCUGUUGUCAUAGCUUGAAUCAACGGUGCCAAUUCGUUAAAAAUUUUUUUUUGGGGGUAUAUGAGUGAUCAUGGGGUCGGCUUGUUGUGUUGCUGCAAAAGAGAGAACCCUUCCAAAUAGAACUCGGACUGAAACUUUGCAUAGGAAUGUGACAUGUUCACCAUCAUGGAGCUUCCGCUGGGAUAACCGAAGGCGUGUGGCUGGUGAAACUGAAGAUCCUUCUUAUCAGAUGUCUAAUGGAGCUAGCAGAAACAUUAGCAUGGAAAUAAAAGGGUCAUUAGGCUCUGAUAGAGGUAACCUUUCUGAUCAAGGAAGUGUGCUUGAGAUUGAGAACUAUGGAACACCCACUUCUCAAAAAUCACCAGUCCAUGCCCCUUCAGAAAUAUCAAGGGCAAGCAAUUAUUCCAUUGAGGUGAAGAAUUUGGCAGAAUCACCAGAUAUUGUGGAUUCAUCUGCACCGAAGCUUUCAUUUUCUAUACCUUCAUCAUUCUCACCACCAAUUACAGAUACUUUGUCUAGCCAUGCUCAUUUACUUCCUCCCAACUCAACCCCAUCCAGACGGGCUCGUCGUUCACCUGGGCAUCGGCUAUUAAGGCAGGUGUCUGAUAGUCGAAUCCUGGGAUUGAAAUCACCAAAUAAUUAUUCAAUGUCUGAAGGAAGGUCAUCGUUUGUGCUCUCCGCGUGUAGCAAUGACUUAACAGCUGGAUCUCAUGGUGGCUCUUCUGAUGGCUGGUCCAUGCGCACUUUUUCUGAGCUUGUGGCCUCUUCUCAAAGAGAAAGGUGGUCUUUUGACAGUGAGCAUUUAGGUUCUGGCUAUGGCAAGAUUAGUGGAUGUAGCAGCAGGUUCUCUUCGUCUCCAUCCAUAGAUUUGCAGACUUGUGGGGCUUGCUCAAAGCUUUUAGCUGAGAGAUCUUUGUGGAGCAGCAAUGAAAUUUCAGUGGUUGCCAUACUUGUCUGUGGCCAUGUUUAUCAUGCUGAAUGCUUGGAGAUGAUGACACCAGAAGCUGACAGAUAUGACCCAGCCUGCCCAAUAUGUAUGGUUGGAGAAAAGCAGGUUUCAAAGAUGUCCCGAAAAGCUUUGAAAGCAGAAGCAGAGUUGAAGGCAAAACAGCUUAAGUUAUUCAAGAAUAGAGUUAUAGAUAGUUUUGUUGAUGGUGGUUGUGAUGAUUUUGACCACCAACAACAUGCCAAACGGGAAGGAAAAGCUCCAAAAUUGGAACCCAGUUCAAGCCGGAAAAGUUCCUUGGCUAAGCCUUUUUUGAAACGCCACUUCUCAAUUGGGUCUAAGUGGGGCAGAUCACUAUCAGAGAAUGAUUCUGCCAGGAAGAAGGGGUUUUGGGCAAGAUAUAGAAAAGAUUGAGUUCCUCCUCUACUGGUAUGAGGUGAGGAGCCUGCCCAUUUCAUCGUAAAAGAUUAUCAUUGUCAGUAAAUAUACUUUUGUUUCCCUUACUUAGAAGGGUUUAAGAUAGAAGAUUACAGUAUGAUCACCAAGUCAGGCUUCCAAGUUCCAAUGCCAUCAAAUCUCAGCUUCUUGAGUUGGAGAUUCUCCUGCCCUUUAGGUAACACUAUCAAUAGGCAUAGCUAUAGAAGAUUUCCCACAUGGACCCACCCUAUAACUUGAGCCCUUAGUGUAUUUUGUUGCCCAUAGGCUUGGGCUGGGUAGGGCAUGAGUAUGACCGACUUUGAAUUGGAUCAGAAUAUAAAUGUGUAGUUUUGGAAUUUUAUAGGCAAUAAGAUUUCUUACGGUGGUGGGGUUUUGAGAGUUCAAAGUUCUAGGGAAUGAAGUCAUUUUCUUGAUUCUAGAUAGCAAGUAAGCAUUUUCUUUGUAGGUUUCAUGUUUAGAUGUAAUUGAAUGUUGCCUACUCUCAAUAUCUACAUGGCAUUGUGGAUGACUCUGAUCUGAAAGGAACUUACAUUUCAGCUGCUGACAGAUCAACUCAAUGAAGCAUUGAAUUGAUUUGGAAAGUGACUAGUAAGAAGUUUACUAUCCUUUGCCUUUUCAAUUCUACUUUGCUGUAUUUUAUGA